UACCCGAUCUGGAGUGUUCGCAGAAUUACAUAUGGAUUGACGCCAUCUGCAUCAAUCAGAAUGAUUCCGACGAAAAGUCUCGGGAGGUUCCACGAAUGGCCGAGAUAUAUAGGUUGUGUGACCAAGUGGUCAUUUGGCUUGGGCCCAACGGUACACCGACCAGGAGCAGAUUUAGAAAACUCAUACGGAGGGUAUCGCCAUAUGGAAAUACCGCUUUCAAAUCGAAUCAAAUGGAGAGGAUGUUAAACCCAUCCGGGCCAAUAGCGGAUGAUGUAGUUGAGGAGCUUAUCUCAAAACGUUGGACUCUCUGGCUUUCCAUAUCCGAAGAUGGUCAUAACGAUGCGAAAGUUCUCCGCAAAACUUUCGGCAGCUCAUAUAAUGCAAUACUCACAGCUUGCGCCGAAAUUGUGUCGAGACCAUGGUUUAUAAGAGCUUGGACGAUCCAAGAAGCCUGCAUCCCGCCAGAUCCUAUAGUCUACAUCGGCCGCCAUAGUAUGCGUUUCAGCGAGCUGUGCGGAUUCAUUAGGGUGUUUGGUAUGGUUAAUACAGCGCUUCUCCAAAAUGUAGGAACAGCUAGGAUAUUAUCGAUAGACAAAAUUCGCGAAAUGCGUGGUGCUAUCUUUGAACCCGACAAUGCCCUCAACCCGUUGAAGAUGGAUACAGUGCAAAUAUUAUACACAAUUCUGGGCCUCACCCUUAAGAAAGAUUCCAAAGAUCCUCGCGACCAAAUCUACGGGAUCUUAGGUCUUCUCGAACUUCUUGGGCAGGAUACACCACCCGAACUAAUUCCCAAUUAUAAUCAGCCGUACGAAACCCUAUACUGGAAUUGCACGGCCUACAUUCUAGGCUCUAUUGGCGACCUACGACUACUUGGAUGCCGAAGAAACGACCUUCGAACCGGGCCCUCAUGGGUAGCCGACUUUCGAUACAUCACAUUUAGGACAACUACCCCAAAAUAUCUAGCCUCUAUCCCAUCAUUGUCCUUAGAUAAACGGAUUUUAUCGCUCCAGGGGAUUUUAGUGGGAACCUACCAAGACCACGUUGCCCGGUGUGCUACCGCUAGCAUCAUGCCGUACAGCGAACCAAACCGAGGGGCUUUAUCAGCCCGUCUUCGAACAGUCGAAGCACAGAUCCUUAAACCCUCGGCAGCUAUAAGGGGAACUACGGUUGACAGAUCUCUAGAUGGUUUCUUGAAGGAUGGCCAAACAGUUUUCAACGAGCAGGGGAUUGAAUCGUGGCGCCGGACUUUUCGACGUUUGUGUGAGACUCGCGGCGAAAAGUCGUGGAUGCUAAAACGGAGAACCAACACGGCCCGUUACAAGCAGGAAUACGCUAUUGCGGAAGAAUUCUGUUAUGAAUUCAUGCUACUUUCUAACGGCGUUGUUGUGCGUGUAAUCAGACAAGACGUGGACGUAAGAUCCGGCGAUCUUGUAUGCCUUUUUAUGGGUGCUGACCGAGCCAGUGUUUUGCGGCCCUCCGGACAAGACUAUAGGUUGAUAAGCCAGUGCGACAUAAGAAUUAGUUUAUUUGCGAAUGAAGAAUACGACAGCAAAUUUUGGGAGACGGAACAGACGAGAGGGUUCAGUCUGAUAUAGUCUUAAUUCAUCUAUAUGAAUCUAGAUAGGAUGAUGGUUGGAGUCUCAUUAACAUAUCGUAUGGUUUGGGACAUCCCUUAACAUAUACUGCUAUUAAGUACUACCAAUUCGCAUCGCUUCAUCUUCCGUAUAAAUUGAUACCUAAUUCACGAAACCUAUAGCGGUCGACGCAAGGAAUAAACCAACAUACCGUACGUGGAUAAUUCCCCAUACCUGGAAGUAAAGGGAACCAACCCUUUUGUAAAAGAUGUUUAGCUAGAGUUGGAGAGACCAGUAAAA